CACAGCCCCAUCUACUCCGCUAUCAACAAGUACGACGACCGACCAAAGCUCCCGUCGCAGUACUACGAUGGAAUGCAAGGCUCCUACUCCAGCAAUAAGCCUCAACGAUGUGAAGACAAAAUCACGGUUUGUUGGUGGACGGCGGACCGAUGUCGUGCACCGGCGAUCUAUGCAAUGAUGACGUCGUUAUGUGCAAAGACGUGCGGAUUCUGCUGA